AUUUCAGUUUCAGUUGGAUAGGAUUUUUGGAGUGUGAUUCCAAGUCUGCCCUAAAUCUGGAAAAUUUGUGUUCAAGGUUUGCUUUUUUGAUCUUCCUUUCCCAAACCCUAGGCAUGAAUUCCACAAAAGCUUUAUUUACACACACAGAAAAUACGUACCAAUAUUUACGUAAACUCUAACAUUACACACCAGAGGAGACAUUUUUUUUUCUUUUUUUCAGAAUUUGAAGAAGAUGGAUUCAGAUGAAGGAAAGCUAUUUGUUGGUGGAUUAGGAUGGGACAUAAAAGAAGAUAAACUAAGAAGCUAUUUUACCCAUUAUGGAGAAGUUACACAUGCCAUAAUCAUGCGUGACAGAGUCACUGGCUUAUCUAGAGGAUUUGCCUUUGUUGUGUUUUCUGAUCCUUCUGUUAUUGAUAUCAUUCUUCAGGAGAAACAUACCAUUGAUGGCCGUCCGGUGGAAGCUAAGAGGGCUUUACCAAGAGCACAACAUCAGAGCUGGAGAUCGCGACUUCCUCAUGCCAGUGAAGAUACAAGACUGGAAGGAAAUAUCAAAACAAGAAAAAUAUUUGUGGGUGGGCUACCUUCAUCCCUUACUGAAGAAGAGUUUUGCAAGUACUUCCAAAAUUAUGGUAAUGUGACAGAUAAAGUAAUUAUGUUUGACCCAAACACUGGUCGCCCACGAGGAUUUGGUUUUAUCACCUUUGACUCAGAAGAUGCUGCUGAUAAAGUUCUUCAUAAAAACUUUCAUGAACUGAAAAAUAAGCUCGUGGAGGUAAAACGUGCCCUGCCAAAAGAAGCAAAUCCUGCUGGCAAUGGUCGUGUUGGAGGUUACCCGGGUUAUGGUUCUUAUGAUCCCAUUAGAGUUCCGGAGUCUGCAUUUUGUGGUUACACUCCCUAUAACAGCUACGGAGCUCUGAAUUAUGGUUAUGGUUACGAUCCUUAUACUUGCUACAGUGGGGCAGCUGGAGUAUAUAUGAAUCCAUCUUUGGCCGGCAUUGUUUACGCUAGCAGCUUGCCUGGUGUCACAAGAACCCAGUGGAGCAGCCAGAAUUUUGGGUAUGGUGAUUUCUGUAAUUUAAAUGCAAGUUAUGGCGCUUCUAGUUCUUUUGGUGCUUCAUCCACUCGUGCUACUAUUAUGGCAUCAACUAGUACAUCUCAGGGUCAUGCUUCUCAAAACAAUAAUCAGGGGAAUGGUUGCAGCAUCCACACAAAAAAUGAAGGGCCUUUUACUGAUUCUGAUGGUAACGAGACUGGUGAUAGGCAUAAAGGUAGUGCUCCAAACAGCAGCAGUGGUGAGGCAACUAAUCAGGCAGGGCAACACGAGGCAAAUGGGUGCAACACAGCAACAGUCUUUGACAGCAAUAAUGGUUCUCCAGGCUUUCCUGAUGCAGCUUGAGUUUCCGAUAAACAAGAAAUUCCAGUUAAUUGUGGUUAGACUGAGGGAACACUGACAGCACUGACCAUACCAUUAAAAUCAGCUUCUAGGAAUCACUCAGAGAAAAAGUAACACUGUUAACACCAACAGUUCGGUCGCAACAGAUCCGAUGACUGGUUGAAUUUCUCUGCAGUCUAUUUACUAUCGUGUAACAGUUACAUUUACAUUCCUACAGAUGACUAAUGUUGGUUUAAACUGGCGUUAGAGCGUAUUUACAUUCCUUCAGACUGAGUAGUUACAUUUACAUUCCUACAGGUUGCUUCUACUGUUGAAGGUAUUGCUCCUACAUUCCUGAAUGAUUAUGUUUCUUUCUUUGGUCUCAUACCUGAAGUGGCUUAUUUGUGUGAAGUCUAUUCCUACAGUUGGUUACUU